AUUUUGCUGAAGAUCGCUAUUAUUCUUCUUAACCUUGCAACGCGCCGAACUGCUCACCACUCGCUUCACUUCCAACAAUCCGCUCGCGAUACCAGUACUGACCUACUGGCAAUCAGCAGCAGCGGCCACGGAAGCUACAACAUCAGACGCAGCGGCUCUCAUAUCCAACCCUCUGGCUGAAGCAUUACUCGGAAACCAGACAAGCGCGAGCGUCAGGGCUCCAACGCUCUCGAGUCGAGGCAUUGUGAAGCUCGAGGACGUUUCAGACCAGGAAAGAGGCGUUAGUUGGUGAAUAAGGACAAGCGCAGUUUCAACAUGGCCUCGCAGCCAGAGGCGGACACAGUCGCUGGCGCCGCUUCGUCGACGAACGUGGGUGUCGAAACACCUCGAAAAGAACAGCCUCAUACCACCGCAGGAGCCACCGCCGCCGUCGAUAUGAACGACCCAGCCAUACCACUACCAGACAGGACGCCCGCACCCACAUCAACAGCCCUCGAUGUCCCCUCAAGCUCUCCGCAGCUCACUCGAACACAGACCGAAGCUCUGGGACCAGCCACCGAUGCACCGAUCGCACAUCCAACCUCAGCGCCAACCGGCCCAACCCUCAACAUCUCCCUCAUGCUCACGACUGGCGCACGGCAUCCAUACAAAGUCGACGAAAGAUAUCUGCGCAACCGCAAAGUCGAGGCACGGACAACGGGCGGUGACUUUGACCCGAGGGAAUUGAGUGGCUAUCAGCUCAAAGAGCUCAUCUGGACGGAUUGGAGGAAUGAGUGGGACCCACGACCGGCGAGUCCGAGCAGUAUACGGUUGAUUUUGAUGGGGAGGAUGAUUGAGGAUAAGGGUGUGCUAAAAGACUUUCCGUUCAAGAUGGAUACUACGAAUGUGGUUCAUAUGACUGUGAAGCCGGCUGACUUGAUUGACGACGACGACGCUGCGGCGAAGAGCACCGGUAAGGGUGGUGUUUUGCGAGCACAAGAUGGGGAGGAUAGCGGAGCUGGGUGCCGUUGUGUUGUUCAAUGA